CUCUCUCUCUCUCUCUCUCUCUCUCUAUAAUAUAUUUAUACAUGGGUGAUUUUUGGAUGUUUUGGAUCGGUUGACUUUUCGUUUAUUCUUGGAACAGGAUUUGAUGGUUAAUUAUUGUAAUUAUUGCUAUCAUAUGAUUUUAACGCCAAUUCGUUCUUGCAUAUAACUUUUGCUGAUUGAUUGGGAGCUUUUUUCGUACGUAAAUGGGGAAAUCGAGUCAACCCGUAACGCUUUUCGAGAAGUAAACGCACUUUAAUUUGAAGACGACCUCCUUUUUUAAUCGUAAAAAGUAGUUUUGAAAAGGCUUAUUUAUGAGAAGUUUAGCGAAGCAAUUACUAGUGAAGAAGUAGCGCUUCAACAAAAAGAAGAGAAACUUUUGGAAAGAGGACUCCACAUCGAACACAACUUGGAUGGAGGAGAUUCAGCUGUAUACCAACUGGGAUGAUGUCAUUUGUCCCAUAUGCUUGGAUUUUCCUCACAAUGGUGUUCUCCUCCAAUGUUCAUCAUAUGAAAAAGGAUGCCGACCUUUUGUGUGUGACACUGACCAUUUACACUCAAAUUGUCUUGACCGUUUUAAACAAGCAAGUGGGAUGCUAUCCGGUUCUCAAUCACCAAGUUCUUCUGAAAACGUUAACUGUAUGAAUCUGGUGUCGGACAGCAAACCAGCGUGUCCCUUGUGUAGAGGUGAAGUUACUGGAUGGGUAGUUGUUCAUAAUGCUCGUGCAUAUUUGGAUGAGAAGAAACGUUGUUGUGAAGAGGGAAAAUGUGGAUUCGUAGGAACCUACCUGGAACUUCAUAAACAUGCUCACUUGGAGCAUCCUCAAUCGUGCCCUUCAAAGAUCGAUCCUGCACGAAAGCUUGAUUGGGAGAAUUUCCAGCAAUCCUCUGAGAUCAUAGAUGUGUUGAGUACUAUCCAUUCAGAAGUCCCUCGUGGGGUUGUUCUGGGUGAUUAUGUGAUAGAAUAUGGGAAUGAUAACUCUGGUGAUGAAUUUGAUGACUUCCCUGGGGAUGAAGGGAACUGGUGGACAUCUUGCAUAUUGUAUCAGGUAUUUGAAAACUUUAGGACGUCUAGAAACAGAAGAAGAUCCAGAGUUGGUGAUUCUAGAAGAGGAAACCGUCAUUUGAGUUUUGAUACUUCUAACUCUGAUGAGGGUUCUGUAACAUCUGUAGAAUAUGCUGACUAUAUAGCAGACGAUGCUGAUGAUGAGUUUGGAAGUGCAAGUGGACUCUCGAGGGGAAGAGCAGAUCAACACAGUUCUCGAAGGCGUCGUUCACGCUUCUAUGACCAUUAGUUAUGCAGCAUCCAGGAUGCUCUGCAGACUCUUUACAGGAUAGAAUUAACUGAAACCGAUGAAUGGAAGGAAUGGCUUACAACUGGUGGACCACCAAAAACUCAACGGCACCGCACGUUUCACGCAGCUAAUGUUAUUUAAAAUCCUUAGAUUGACACCUAAUCAAAUUCUCUGUUUUUCAUGAUUAAUUCCCUUUUUAGCUCCCGAAUGUCUUUUUUCUGAGGAGGUUUGAUCUUUGGAAUUUACGCAGUACUUCCUGUUAAUAUCGUCUUGGAAGACUGCUUUUGAUUUCUAAAUAAUCGAAGUGGACAAGUUAUCUGGCAUAAGUUUGUUCUUUGCAUACGAUCGAAUGGCUUCGAUGAAAGUCUCAGGUUGGGGAA